AUGAAGGGCAUUGCUGACCUCCUCGACUCGGAUAUGGAAGACUCGAACAAUUUUAUUGACGAAAACUCCAUACUCUCGUCUGCCUCUGGCGCGAGUACUGCCACUUCAGCCAAAGGGACCCAAGCCAAGCGAGGCAAAAAGCGCCAGCGGGUCACCGUGCCUCCUAAAUCGCGAUCUAAGGUACAGAAGCCUUCGCCGCCGGCGACCAAGAAACCCACUGCGAAGCAAGCCGCUUCCAAGCGUAAAGCCCUAGAAGAACAGAUCAACGACCGUGACGCCGAGCAUGUUGAAAAUGAAGAGAAUGCGCAAGAAACCAUCCCCGCCAAAGCGAAAAAGACCAAUCGCGCUCCGGCAAAACCAAGAGCGACUAAGAAGGCCGCCGUUCCAAAGGUGACUGAAGAAGACGAAAUGGAAAUAGAGCAGACUCCCGCAGCAGCUCGCUUGAGCCAUGCUACCAACCGUCCACAAAAUGAGGUGUUCAAGGUCGCUUCCAAAAAGAUAGCUUCAAGAUCAAAACCCGCACAAGAAUCUCGCUCAAUUGUCCCAGAAUCACACAGCGCUGCAGAAGAUGAACAAAGUGAGGUCGCAAUAGUAGAGUCGGUGCCACAACCCAGGAAAGCAACACGGGACACGUCAAGAUCGAGACAAGAACCACCGUAUAGAAGACGAGCUGGGAGUGCAUCAGAUACGGACCGAGGUGACCCGAACCUUCGACGAAAAUUGGGAGAUAUGACGCGUAAAUUCGAGAAUGUCGACCUUAAGUAUCGCACGCUGAAAGAAGUGGGUGUGAACGAGGCCAAUGCAAAUAUGGAAAAACUUCGAAAGCAGUGUGACACCACAGUGCAAGCAUCAAACGAGUUGAUCGCAUCACUCAAGAAAGAACUAGCAGCACAAGCUCCCCAGGCUCAGGAGGCCCGGAAGCUUAAGAAGCAGGUACAGAGCCAAGAGACGGAGGUUAUUAAGCUUCGCGAUACAGCAACGGAACUGGCACAGGCUCUCAACGACUCUCAAAACGAGAUCAAAGCCUUGCAGGCGAAGAUGGCAGCUGCGCGAGCAUCUUCGACUGAGCAGGCGAAUUCGAAGCCUCAGCCAAGUACAAGGAAAGCAAUUGUGCAACGACCCCUACCAAUAGGAUCCGCAGAAGCAUCACAAGCGGCUCAAGUCGCACAGAUGAAAGAAAACCUGUACAGUGACCUGACAGGGCUCAUCAUCAGGGGGGUGAAGAAGACGGAAGACGGAGACACAUACGAUUGCAUUCAGACAGGGAGGAAUGGCACAUUGCAUUUCAAGUUAUUCGUGGAUCAAGAGGAUGCCAGAACAGCAAGCUUUGAGGAAACAGAGUUCCUGUAUACGCCGCUUCUUGAUACGAAUCGAGAUCGCGAGAUGAUCGAGCUGAUGCCGAGCUAUCUCACCGAGGACAUUACCUUUGCUAGACAGAAUGCUGCCAAAUUCUAUGGUCGCGUAGUAGACACCUUGACCAAACGACGAGCAGAGGAGUAG